AUGGAACCCACAACCCCUCCACGAGACUCAAAGAGGCGACGCCUGAAUCGCUCGUCUGGAGUGUUCAACGCUUUUUCUCAAACUCCCAGACCACUGUACAGCAGAGAUGUUCUUCCCCUCCAAACCAAAGAUAACCUCACUAGAUGGCAAGCGCUUGCCGAGGGUAUGCAGCAACUACAACAGAAUAUGACUGGCAUCAACGAUAUCCACAACGCUCUAAGCGACCGCUUUAACGAACCGUUCUCUGCUUUCUUGUACGGCCUACUAAUAAACAUGUUCUGUAGUAACUAUCCAGCAUGCCCAACCAAAGAUCUCUACGAGGCAAACCAGCAAAGCAAAAGCGUUUUGGGGCUGAUCAGCUCACUUGAAGAGCGUGUGCGGAUGGCUAAGGCCAGACGGAGUCAACUUCAGGAGCAGGUGAUGCAAAAAACACAAGAGGUUCGUGCUCUUCAAAGCACACGAACGGUGCCCACACAGCGAAAAGCGCCUCAAUCGCUUCCGGUGAGAUCGCAGUUCACGCGUCCAGGAUUGCCCGUGAGGCCUAGAAAAGUUACUGUUGCUCGUGACGAUACGUUUUCCACUAAUGACUCAUUUGUCGAUAUACCACUGGGUGGAAAUGGGCGCAGCACAAUUGGGAGUGAAGUGGACAGGGGCAGAGGUCCCAAUCUAAACCAAGCACCUAGAUACAUGCGCGGAUUGUUCGAGUCAAAGAAUGAUAAUAUGCGGAAUCGUGUCAGAAAGCCCGAGCCAAAGCCAAGCAGGCAAGGAACAGCGGCAGCUCGAGCCGAACGGGCGCGGCGCGAGAGAAUGUCUGCCAGGCCGCCGUUCCGAUGA